AGAAGACAAAAAUAUAUAGCCGGCACCAAUGCAGCACCUAGCCGAGUUUCCCUGCUCCGGCUUCUCCAGUUCUUUGCCUGGACCCUGCGGCUUCGGGACCCUGUGCCCGACGCUCCGGUAACGAUCCCGAGUUUCUUUCGUGCCGCCUUCGCUUCGUCCAACUACACGGCAGUAGGCCUGCAGGGAUCCGAGCCUCGACCCACCAUGAACUGGGUAAGCAUCGAUGACAGCUGGGAAGCUGUACAGCUGCUCUACGUAACGCAUCACGUCUUGUUGGAGAUACUUUGGACCUCGGGCAUCUACCUGCGUUACCUGGUACCGAGCUGGAGGAAGAUCACCACCCCGAAACACUCCGAGUAUACGAAGGUCCCGUACGUUCCUCUCGCCAUCCAUGUCAUUGUUGGCACGAUCGAGGUGUUCCGGUAUUACUGCCAGCUUGCCAUCACCAGUGAAGCCCCGAAACCCAACGUCGUUGACUUUGGCCUCUGCCUCAUCAUGGCGGCCACCAGCCUUCGGUUGGCCGCUAACGUCAGGAACGGGAGAGUAGAAAUUGUUAGGACCACAUUUCAGGCCACGGCGGUGCAGCGGAUGUUCGCCUCCGCGUUGGGGUACAUGCAUGGCGACGCGGAGUGGCAUCGGGCAUCUAUCAAACUUCUGAACAAUUUGGUAUGGACCCGGUUGAUCGGCGGUUAUAUGAACCACCUUCAGGGAUUCCGGAGCUAUGGGGACUCGUUCACCGGCGCCGUGGUCGUGGCACACCAGCUUGCAUUGUGGGAGAGCGAUUACCCCGCGGGGGUUCCUUUCUUCCUGGCCGUGUUGUCUGUGUUGUUGGUUGUCGACAAGUGGGCAUCACGAAAACUGCACGGAAAGUGAGUUACGCUAGAAGACUGGGCGACCCAGUGCCGCCGUCCGAAAUUGUGGUUUUGAACUGACGAGCGUCACAGACCAGGGUUCGUCCCCCGCGUUCUGGCGCAGUUCGGAUUUGUGACCGCCGUCAAGUGUGAAACGGCGUCAGGGGAAAAGCUGGAGUAGGUUUCUGUCAUGACCAUGACCUUGAUGAAGUUGGGAGCAAGAGACUUUCUGGGCACGUUGCGAAUUCUCCAAGAGAG